GUCUAUGCGGCGGGAGAAAGUAGCUGGCAGAGGGAGAGAGGCCAGCAAGGCGUCCUGCUGAAAAACCAACCGCUUUUCUAAGUGGUUCCCUCCAGGCAUGAGCCCGAGUAUUUCACUCCCUCGCCCCCUCACGCAGGGAUGCAGGGCUCACAGUGGCCAACAGAAAUAUGGAGCAUGGUGCCCUUGAUGAACCCAGCACCAGGCUUAACUCCUGACCAUCCUGGGGCUGAUCCCUCAAGAGGGACAGCCUGAUGGCCCCUGCUGGUCAGGGAAAAACAGAGGAGCCCUGGUUGCUCAGGAGAGCUGGUGAAUACUCGCUCCUGCACGGUCACCUUCCAGAAAGCAUUACCAGCGAGGGAAGGCUCUGGGGGAAGGGCUCCUCUCCUGUCACAGGUCCGAAAGCAGUGAGGGGCCAGGAGCGGGGCUCCCUGGCUGUGCAGUGUCGAUACACUCCUGGGUGGGAGUCCCACGGGAAGUGGUGGUGCCGAGGAGCCGACUGGGGCAGCUGCAAGAUCCUUGUUCAAACCACUGCAUCAGAGCCGGAGGUGAAGACGGACCGUGUGUCCAUCAGGGACAAUCGGGAAAACCGCACAUUCACCGUGACCACAGAGCAGCUCAGGCUGGACGAUGCAGGCGUUUACUGGUGUGGGAUUGAGAAAGUCGGAUAUGACCACGGGGCCCAAGUUAGGGUGACUGUUGACCCAGCACCCGCGACAGUGCCGACCACCACUUCCGCUAUUAACACGUUCACAGCACCUGUCACCUCAGGAGUUGACUCCCUGAAUAUGACCAGCCACGGUUCCAAUGGCAGCAGCAUCUUCAGGAAUCUCAGCACCCUUCUUCCCCUCAUUUUUGCUGUGUUGCUGCUUCUCUUGGUGGUGGCCUCCGUCGUGGUUUGGAGGAUGGUGAAGCAACAGAAGAAAGGGGCUGCAACAUCCCCAGAGCAGCCCUUGGAGAGUGACCUCUGCUACGCAAACCUGAACCUGCAGGAGCCCAACUCUGGCUCUUCCCAGAGGAAGGCCUCCACCCAGCCCUCCUCCUCUGCCCAGGGCCACCCCAAGGAUGUGGAGUAUGUUACCAUGGCUCCCUUCCCCAGGGAGGACAUCGCCUAUGCAGCUCUGUCUUUGGGGGACAAUGAGAAUCAAGAGGUGACCUACAGCAACAUGGGGGACCUCCUGGCCCACGAUCCCAGUAGGAGCCACGAGGAGCCCACGGAAUACUGUGCCGUCAAGAAGGCUUAGCCUGCGCUCCAGGUGCCCCUCGGACCCCCCUUGAGGCCUGCAAUCACAUUCCUGCUUUAUCUGCUUUCCGCCCCCCGUCCCCUCCCGGGACCAGCUGGCGAUGGAGGCCCACGGGCAGCUUAGGCUCGGGUUCGGGGCUCCUGGGGUUUAGAUAGGGGUCUCUGCACAUCCUUUUCUCUCCCACACAGCCUGGGAGGGGGCUGGGGUACACCCUGGAGCUGCUGAGGGAGGAAUCACGACGCUAAUGACAAUAGUAAUUAACCUUUAUUUAUUGCUGACCAUGCAUGAUGGGUUGAAUAACGGCCCUCAAAUUAGUGGCAUCUGAAUCCCCAGAACCUGGCAACGUUUCCUGAUAUGGUACAAGGUGCCUUGCGGGUGUAAUGGAGUCAAGGAUCUGGAGAUGGGGAGAUUAUUCUGGAUUAUCCAGCUGAGCCCUAAACAUAAUCACGAGGGUCCUUACAAGAAGGAGGCAAGAAGGUCACGGAGAAGAUGGCGUGAUGGUGGGAACAGAGGUCCCGGUGACGUGGCCAGGAUCCACAGAACGCUGUAGCCUCUGGGAGCUGGAAAAGCCAAGGAACGGAUCCUCCCCUGGAGCCUCCAGAAGGAACCAGCCCUGCUGACUCUUUGACUUUAGCCCAGGGGAACUGAUUGCAUCCUUCUGGCCUCUGGAAUUGUAGGAGAAUAAAUUUGCAUCGUUUUGUAAUUGA